AUGGAUGCGAAUGGGGGUUCCUGGACUAAACCGGAGGAGAUUGGGAUGGCCUUUACCACAGAAAAUGGAGUAUGUUUUUACCAGAAACAUUGGAGCAUUGUUGGACGACAGGUAAAACAGACUAUCCUUAACUUCUUGAAUCAUGGUAUUUUUGGUCCUUUGAUUAACUAUACCUAUAUAGCUUUGAUCCCCAAAAAUUCCAAUGGGGCCAAGCAAACAGGUUUAAGCAAGUUCUCCCUUCCGGGAAGGUUAAUAACAGACAAUAUUCUUGUGGCAUAUGAAGCACUACAUACCAUGGAUUCCCGGAUGAAAAGAAAGACAGGUUAUAUGGCCAUUAAACUUGACAUGAGUAAAGCCUACGACAGAGUUGAGUGGGCUUUUCUGGAAGAGAUUAUGAAGAAGCUGGGUUUUGUAGAGCGAUGGAUUUCACUGUUGAUGACUUGUGUCCGCUCAGCUACAUAUUUUGUUAUGGUCAAUGGCACUCCAAUGGGUAGCAUCUCUCCAUCAAGGGGUUUGAGGCAAGGGGACCCAUUGUCACCCUACCUUUUUCUCCUUUGUGCGGAGGGGCUAAGCUUGCUGCUUUUGAGGGCGGAAAGUGAAGGGAAGAUCACGGGAGUGCCUAUAUCCUUUCGGGGUACAAAGAUUAGCCACUUAUUCUUUGCCGACGAUAGCCUCUUGUUUUGUAGGGCUAAUCUUAUGGAAUGGAGUAGUGUUCAAGAUCUGCUGCACAUGUAUGAGCUUGCUUCCGGUCAAAAGCUCAAUUCAGAAAAGACAUCAAUAUUCUUUAGUCGCAAUACUCCAAGGCCUUUAAAUAGCCAUAUUGCCUCUCUUGUGGGUAGUGCAACAAUGAACAGUUAUCACAAAUACUUGGUUUUACUAGCCUUAGUGGGACGAUCCAAGACUCAAACUUUUGUAGGAAUCCAAGAUCAGUAUGAGUGUGUUCCGUUUUCCCAAGACCUUAUGCUCUCACUUGAAUUCCUUAAUGAGUUGGUUUUGGUGGAGGUCAAAGGAAGGAAUGAAGAAGAUGGCUUGGAUGAGUUGGAAGAGAUCAGGAAAUUCUAA